UAUGUAAGAAGACAUGAAUUCCUCAUUUAUUUCUGUCAGACGGCAAAAGCGAAAUGUCCUUGCAUUUAAAAUCUCAAAAUAGAGUAACAAACUAUAUGAUAAUUAACUUCAAUAUAAAAUUGACAAAAAACUAUUUAUUCACGCACGUCAAGAAUAAUUUAUUAUUUGUACACUCUUGUCUCUGAAAGGUUAUAUAAAUAAAUAAUUGCAGUUCAAAAAAAGAUGUAUACACUGUAUGCAAAAUCCGAUAAAUUUCCUGACACCAAUUUGAUUUGGACAGGACGAUUGGAGUUCGAUAGAAUUUGGAAUGAUUUGCAGUGGAAAUGAAAUUCCACGAGUGAUUUUAAUAUUGGAGGCUGCGCAUGCGUCUUAGCAAGAAUCCCAGAGCUCCGUUUUGUCUGACAGUUGAUACUCCACAACUGUAGUAGUGUUUCACGCGUCUCUCACAAAACAGACCUACACAAUAAUUAAAGUCAGUCUCCCGAUAAAACCCAGGGUAAAAAAAACUAAAAACUAUUAAAAAAUACAUUCACCGAUACAUCAUGCCCCCCUUCCACGUGGCAGUGCAAAACAUACGCGUCAAAAAAUCAAGAAUUUCCCGGAAAAACCGAAAAUUGUGAUAGAUAAUCCUGAAAAUGGUGAAUGUACAAUAACAAUAGUCUGUUUUAACGAUUGGAUAAAAUGAUGGAAUAACCGAAAGUUUCAUUGAAGAAGGGUUGAGAAAAUAAUAAAAGGAAAUAAGGUGAGAGAAGUGAAUAAAAACGUCAUGCAAAUGUAUUCGUGAUGGGACUGCCUGCCCGGGGAGUAUUAGCCGGAUUCGUGGCAAUAGCCGCGUUCGCCGUUUACACCAAUAGCCUAGGUUGUGGUUUCGUAUUUGAUGAUAUAUCAGCGAUCAAGGAUAAUCGUGAUUUGAGGCCACACACACCAUUGAAAAAUGUAUUCUAUAAUGAUUUUUGGGGUACACCCAUGUACAAGGAACAAUCCCACAAAUCGUAUAGACCAUUCUGUGUUCUCACAUUUCGAUGGAAUUACAUGAUUCAUCAGUUAGAUCCGAUGGGCUACCACUUUCUAAAUGUGAUUCUGCACGUUGGCGUUUGCAUCCUGUACUUCAGGACAUGUCUGAUGUUUCUAUCAGAUUUGGCGAGUUUUGUAGCGGCUUUGCUGUUUGCGGUACAUCCCAUUCACACAGAGGUUGUGACAGGUGUUGUCGGCCGAGCAGAGACUCUAUCCUCUUUAUUUUAUUUAGGUGCUUUGAUAAUGUACACGAAAGCCUGCAAGAGCAAGAGAACGACAGCGUGGCGGCCAAUGGUAAUGUCAAUGGUCUCUGUAUUUAUCGCGAUGUUGUGCAAAGAACAGGGUAUAACGGCGACUGCUGUGUGCGUUUUGUACGAAAUAUUCGUUGUACAGAAAGUCAAGGCACUGGAUAUUUUACUGGCAAUUAAGUCUGCCUUUGGGGGUAAUAAAAUAAAUCCAACGUGGUCGGUGGAGGGCACUAAACGGCUCGCUGCUCUCACACUUGUCACAUUUAGUUUACUGAUCCUCAGAUUACAUAUUAUGGGCUCCAGAUUGCCUGUAUUUACAAGAUUUGACAAUCCGGCGUCAGUGGCGUCGACACCAACGAGACAACUCACGUACAACUACUUAGCAGCUGUCAAUUUACGUCUUCUUUUUCUACCAAGUGAUUUGUGCUGUGAUUGGACAAUGGGUACAAUACCCCUAAUUGAGAGUAUCUUUGAUCCACGUAAUUUAUGGACGCUGGCCGUCCACACUUUGAUACUUGGAUUACUUUCAACCGCUGUAUUCACACGUAAUCGUCAAGUAUCAGUGAUAAUAAUAAUGAGCUUGGCACUUUUGAUAUUGCCAUUCCUACCGGCAUCGAAUUUGUUUUUCCCCGUGGGUUUCGUCAUUGCUGAGAGAGUCCUUUACGCACCGUCGAUGGGAUUCUGCAUGCUCGUUGGACAUGGCUGGAGUAUUUUAGCAGAGAAAAGAUGCCCCAAAAUAUCAACAAUUCUGCUAGUACUACUCCUCGUCUCUCACUCGGUAAAAACAUUCGUGCGCAAUUACGACUGGAUUGACGAAUACGCAAUAUUCAUGUCGGGCCUAAAAGUUAACGUCAACAAUGCUAAGCUGUUCAAUAAUGUUGGACACGCGUUGGAGGGUCAAGGACGUUACAAAGAGGCCUUGGAUUACUUCAACGAGGCUGUGCUUGUACAGGGUGACGAUAUUGGGGCUCACAUUAAUGUCGGAAGAACUUACAAUCAUCUCAAGAUGUUUAAGGAAGCGGAAGAUGCCUAUCUCAGGGCCAAGUCAUUACUGCCUAAGGCAAAGCCUGGUGAAUCUUAUCAGGCGAGAAUUGCCCCGAGUCACUUGAAUGUUUUCGUCAAUCUCGCAAAUUUAAUUGCUAAAAAUGGAUCGAGGCUCGAGGAGGCUGAUCUGUUGUACAGGCAGGCCAUUAGUAUGCGAGCUGAUUACACACAGGCUUACAUCAAUCGGGGGGAUGUUCUUAUUAAGAUGAAUCGAACGAAAGAGGCGCAGGAAGUUUAUGAACGUGCCCUAUUCUAUGACAGCAAUAAUCCCGAUAUUUAUUAUAACUUGGGUGUCGUUUACUUGGAGCAAGGAAAAGCAUCACAGGCACUUGCAUACCUUGACAAAGCACUCGAGUUUGAUCCUGAGCAUGAGCAGGCCUUAUUAAAUUCCGCUAUACUCUUACAAGAAUUGGGACGCGAAGAGCUUCGCAAAGUAGCGAGGGAGAGACUGCUCAAGUUACUCAGAAAGGACUCUAAUAACGAACGUCUGCAUUUUAAUUUGGGAAUGUUGGCAAUGGAUGAUCAUGAUACAGCAAGUGCUGAAAGGUGGUUCAGAAAUGCUGUCGCUUUGAAAGAAGAUUUCAGAUCUGCACUAUUUAAUCUGGCACUUCUACUCGCUGAUGAGCAGAGGCCGUUAGAAGCGGCUCCUUUCUUGAAUCAACUCGUUAGGUUCCAUCCAGAUCACAUUAAAGGACUGAUACUCCUAGGCGAUAUUUAUAUUAAUAAUAUUAAGGAUUUCGAUGCAGCUGAGAACUGUUACAGGAAAAUUCUUCAACUAGACCCCGCCAAUAUCCAGGGUCUUCACAAUCUCUGCGUAGUCAUGGUGGAGCGUGGUCAAUUGCAUUUAGCAGCUCAAUGCCUCGAGAAAGCAGCAGCUUUAGCACCGGAUCAGGAUUAUAUUAAGAAACAUCUCUCAAUCGUUAAAUCUCGAAUAAAUCGUCUGCCCCCAGAGCAACGUGAGAGUACUGAAAUAUUUGAUGAUUCAUUCCUCCACACACCUAUUGAGAAAGACGAUAUUGACAGUACGGAUCCUGCUAAUGGGCAGUUUCUCGGAAAAAGUGAAUCGAUAUUUUUGAAUCACGGUGUAAUACACAAUCACAUUGGUGGUAUUAAUAAUGAUCCACUCAGGCGCAAUAAUAAUUAUCACAUUAAGGGUGGGCAAAAUCCGAAAAAUUCGCGAUCUUUGCCUGAAGUGAAAAGCCAAUUCCCAAGACCUUCUGAACAUCUCCCCAAUAUUCCUGAAUCGACUCGCGUACUCGAAGAUGUUAUGAAUAAGGAUACGAGUGAAUUAGAAUUUGUUCGCAAUCGUGGAAUGAAAGUUGUUAAACCAAAUUGAAGAAUAUAUAUGUGAGGGAUGAAAUGAUUAAUCGUAAUGAGCAUCCGAAAAUUUCAUCAUGAAGAAAUAUUCAAGGGAUCGGAAGAAGAAGAUGUAUGAAAUAAUAUUUACCGUUUUAUCGAACAGUACUAUCUUGUUUUCUCAAAAUGAUUUUGAUCUGAGUGAUUAUGGGAGAAAGAAUUGAAAAAUCAUUUGAAAUUCCUAAUACAAUGACUUGGUCUGGAAAAAAUGAAUAAGUUAAUAGUGCUAGGAUAAAAAAGUGUCGACUCACCUGGUUCCCAAUGGAGCUUUUGUAAUGACCCUUUCUUUGACUUUACAAAAAUGUUCUAUCUUCCUCAAACUGCGACCUAUCUUCCAAAAUCGGAUAAUGUCUCUGUACGUUUUAUCAUCCUCCUAUAAAAUUCAUAAGAGAAAGAAAGCGGAGAAGAGUUGAGAGAAUUAUUUAAUGAAAAAAUAUGACAAAAUGAAAGGUAACGAACAGAUAAUCCUGCAAAACUGUUCGUCAAUAAUAUUUAAACGUUGAGCCCGCCGAAUACCUAUUGUAAAUUGAAAUAAAUGUGUAAUAAGAAUUUUUAACAAGAAUGGCAUUAGAGAGUUAAUAGCGCUAUGGUGUGAAUAUAAAUUGAAUACAGAGUAUUGUUUUAUAUGCCGUAUAAUAGGGAAGUUUUAUAAAAUAUAAAGAUAUAUGUGUCUUUGAUUAA